UUUUGCUUGAUUCAUGUGACAAAAGCUGUGCCUCUGCAAGCACUGUCGAGGUCAUAUAUCUCGCACAAACUUUUUAGUAUUCUACACAAGAACCAAGGAACCGUUCCCGCCUUCUUCAAAUUCCGGAUGAAAAGGGAUUUUUUGUUAGUCAUGUUUACAUGCUUGAUUUUGUGUAAAUAUGUUGAUGCUCUUUUUUCCCCAAUCAUCAAAUGUUCUUUUUGUUAC